AUGGCCAGUAGCCUUGCCACAGCUCCACCCCUACCAGCUGUGGUGAUUUCCAGACCUCCCCCAGCACUGGGUGGGGACCAGGUCAGGAUCCUAAUCUUUCUGGUGCUGCUGACUUCCACAGCUACCCUCAGUGCUGCCCACACCCCUGUGUCCCCAGACUGCGGGAAGCCUCAGCAGCUGAACCGGGUCGUGGGUGGUGAGGACAGCAUGGAUGCCCAGUGGCCUUGGAUUGUUAGCAUCCUCAAGAAUGGUUCCCACCACUGUGCAGGCUCCUUGCUCACCAACCGCUGGGUGGUCACAGCUGCCCAUUGCUUCAAGAGCAGUGUGGACAAGCCAUCUCUGUUCUCAGUAUUGUUGGGGGCCUGGCAGUUGGGAAACCCAGGCCCAAGGUCCCAGCAAGUGGGUAUUGCUUGGGUGCUGCCCCACCCCAGGUAUUCUUGGAAGGAGGGAACCCGUGCAGACAUUGCCCUCGUACGCCUGGAACACUCCAUCCAGUUCUCUGAGCGGAUCCUGCCCAUCUGCCUGCCUGACUCCUCUGUCCGGCUCCCUCCCAACACUGACUGCUGGAUUGCAGGCUGGGGAAGCAUUCGUGAUGGAGUGCCCCUGCCCGAACCCCAGACCCUUCAGAAGCUGAAGGUGCCCAUCAUCGACUCAGAAAUCUGCAAACGCUUGUACUGGAGGGGUGCAGGGCAGGAAGCCAUCACUGAGGACAUGCUGUGUGCUGGUUACCUGGAAGGGGAGCGGGAUGCUUGUCUGGGCGAUUCUGGUGGUCCUCUGAUGUGCCAGGUGGAUGACUCCUGGCUGCUAACUGGCAUUAUCAGCUGGGGAGAGGGCUGUGCGGAGCGCAACCGGCCCGGUGUCUACACCAGCCUCCUAGCUCACCGCUUCUGGGUGCAGAGGAUCGUGCAAGGCGUGCAGCUGCGCGGGCACUUGGCCAGCAAUGGGGGCACGGGGAGCUCCUAG